UAACCUGAAGGACUUGACUGACAGAUACUCAUUUUACAUAGAUUGUUAUUGUUUUUCGUAUAGAAAUCCAAUCAAUUAGUUAAUUAUAUAACCUGAACAAGUGCUUCCAUACUAUGGUUGGAUGAGGAAGUUCUCUGUGUCGUUAGAAGUUGAGGUGUUAAUGUUUGGUUAAAUUGUAUGAACAGUGCAAAUAUGGCAGGGUUAGAAGGAUUUUCAGGUGCCAAUUUGAAUUUAAACUUGUAUGAUACAAGGGAUGAUGCUCUUUGGGAAAGUGAAGGACUGCUUGUCCAUCAGCAGAUGCAGCGGAGCAGAAGCAUGACUAAAUCUAAUGAUGAUGACAUAGCUCUAAAAAAGUAUGUUGGAACUGGAGUCCAAGUAGUCAGCUUGAUCGCUGAGAAUCUAUUAUGCCAUCCAUUUGUUGUACUGCGACGUCAAUGUCAAGUUCAUAACAAUUCUAAGAAAACUCAUAUUAUACCAAUAACAUUGGUACCAGUAAUGUGCCAUCUCCAUCAGCAUCAAAGCAUUACUACUUUGUGGAAAGGUUUAGGUUCGACAUUGUUGAUUCGUGGGAUGCAUAAAGGUGUUGAAGAUUUAAUUUCAAAGGUUACCCCAUGGCCAAAGGAAAUCACUUGGUAUAGUACAUUGAAGCAAUUCUUUCAGCAUGCUUUACUGAAAUGUGUAACAAUUGCUGUUGUGACACCAUUCUAUUCAGCAUCUCUAGUUGAAACAGUUCAAUCAGACAUAGCUAGUGAGAAACCUGGAUUAUUUGAUAUAUUUAGGGAAGGUUUUAUGAGAUUGUUAACUUGGAAUGGUAGUUCCAAGGGGAGGAUGUUACCAAUUUGGGCUCUUGUACUACCCACAGUUACUUUAGGUAUUGCAAGAUAUUUUGUGCAGAUGGUAGUGGAAGGAAGUGCCUCUAGGUUGAUGUUAGUCAGAUAUAGGAAUAAGCAAGAAAGUACCGGAGCUUUACCGAGAAAUAUACCAAAUACAGCUGAGAUCGAAUUCAACGCUGCGUUAAUGGGUACAAUUGCUGGUGAUGUACUGUUUUAUCCGUUCGAAACGAUCCUGCAUCGUCUUCAUUUACAAGGUACGAGGACUAUAGUUGAUAAUUUGGAUACUGGUAGGUCGGUCUUACCAAUUUUAACCAACUACCACGGUCCAGUCGAUUGUUACGAAAGUUGCUUGAGAAACGAAGGAGUGUUUGGUUUGUACAAAGGAUUUGGGGCUUUAAUAUUCCAAUACGCUGCACACAUCGCCGUUAUUAGGAUUACCAGAUUUAUCCUGACUGAAGUGACGACGCUGAUGCAUAAGCCUCAAAAGCCUCUGCAACCACCAACAACGAGCUCACCACCUGUGAUCACCAACAUAAGUGUUCCCGGACAAACUUACCUUUUCCCUUAAAGCAAAAAUUGUUUAGUAGUCAAAACAAAUUUAGCUGAAAGGUGAACAUUUUUUUGUAAAAAAAAAUAUAUUUAGGUUUUUACAUAACUCAUUCUUUCACUUAUUCUAAAUGUGAAAAUACGGCUUUAUUUGAUUGACUAGUAAAUAUGGUUUAUUAGCUUUGCAAGUUCUACUUACUUCGUCCUAUUUGUUUCCUUAUAUUUGUUGUGAAUAAUAAAAUUAUUUCAAAUUA